GGCACCGGGAGGAGUGACCCCGGUGGCGAGCGGUCGUGCUGGCCCCUGGCCGUGCCCACCGGUGCCCACCGGUGCCCACCGUGCCCACCGGUGCCCACCGGCCGCGGACUUCGGUUGGGGCGGUCCGCGGGCUGCAGAGAUGUUGGCCUUGGCCGCCAGGACCGUGAGGAGGAGGCAGGAGGUUGCUUGCUCAGCUCCUGCCGCGUGCAGUAGGACAGGUUAAGCUUAGAGACGGAGACCGAGGCAGACGGGGGGAAGGCUGCGUCUGGCUCCGGGGAUGGAUAGGAGGCAGCAGGAGGCAGAGAAGGUCAAGCCCCUGGGCUUCCUCAAGCCCGUGACUCUAGGGAAGGUUCCCGGCCGGUUCCAGAUGCACCAGAACUCCCUGCCUCGCCUGCCUGUGCCCCCACUGCAGCAGACCCUGGACCACUACCUGACAGCGCUGCAGCCCAUCGUGAGCGAGGAGGAGUGGAGCCACACCAAAAAGCUGGUGGAUGAGUUCCGCAGCUCGGGGGGCGUCGGAGACCGGCUGCAGAAGAGCCUGGAGCGGAGGGCCAGGAAGACCGAAAACUGGCUCUCGGAAUGGUGGCUGCGGACCGCCUACCUCGAGUACCGUCAGCCCGUGGUCAUCCACUCCAGCCCGGGACUGGUUUUGCCCAAGCAGGACUUCGUGGAUUUGCAGGGUCAGCUCCGGUUUGCCGCCAAACUCAUCGAAGGCAUCCUGGACUUCAAAGCUAUGAUUGACAACGAAACCCUCCCGGUGGAGCACCUCGGUGGGAAGCCCCUGUGCAUGAAUCAGUACUACCAGAUCCUCUCGUCCUGCCGCGUCCCGGGCCCCAAACACGACUCGGUCAUGAGCUACAACACGGGGAAGAAGCGACCUGAACACAUCACCGUGGUUCACAAUUACCAGUUUUUCGAGCUGGACGUGUACCACAGCGACGGGACGCCCUUCACCUCCGACCAGAUCUUCACCCAGCUGGAGAAGAUCUGGAACUCGUCCCUGCAGGCCAACAAGGAGCCCAUCGGGAUCCUCACCUCCAACCACCGCAACAGCUGGGCCAAGGCCUACAACAACCUCAUCAAAGACAAGACCAACAAGGCGUCGGUGCGCUCCAUCCAGAAGAGCAUUUUCACCGUGUGCCUGGAUGCCCCCAUGCCCCGGGUAUCCGAAGACGUGUACAAGAGCCGGGUGGCCGCCCAGAUGCUGCACGGCGGGGGCAGCCAGCUCAACAGUGGUAACCGCUGGUUCGACAAGACCCUGCAGUUUAUCGUGGCGGAGGACGGCUCCUGCGGCUUGGUCUAUGAACACGCCACCUCUGAGGGCCCGCCCAUUGUGGCCCUGUUGGACCACAUCGUGGAGUUCACGAAGAAGCCAGAGCUGGUGAGGUCGCCCAUGAUGCCCCUGCCCAUGCCCAAGAAACUGCGAUUCAACAUCACCCCUGAGAUCAAGAACGACAUCGAGAAGGCCAAGCAAAACCUUAACAUCAUGGUGCAAGACCUGGACAUAUCCGUGUUCGUGUUCCAUCACUUUGGGAAGAAUUUCCCCAAGUCGGAGAAGAUGAGCCCCGAUGCCUUCAUCCAGAUGGCCCUGCAGCUGGCAUACUUCAGGAUCUACGGCCAGUCCUGCUCCACCUACGAAAGCGCCUCGCUCCGCAUGUACCACCUGGGCCGGACCGACACCAUCCGCUCGGCCUCCAUCCACUCCCUUGCCUUCGUCAAAGCCAUGGACGACGCCAGCGUGCUGGAGCACGAGAAGGUGGAGCUGCUACGGAAGGCGAUACAGGCCCACAGAUCCUAUGCAGACAGGGCCAUCCGAGGGGAGGCCAUCGACCGGCACCUGCUGGGGCUGAAGCUGCAGGCCAUAGAGGACCUGACCAGCAUGCCUGAGAUCUUCAUGGACACGUCCUACGCCAUCGCCAUGCAUUUCAACCUGUCCACCAGCCAGGUCCCGGCCAAGACGGACUGCGUGAUGUGCUUCGGGCCGGUGGUGCCGGACGGUUACGGCGUCUGCUACAACCCCAUGGCGGAUCACAUCAACUUCGCCGUGUCGGCCUUCAACAGCUGCGCGGAGACCAAUGCCGCGCGCAUGGCCCACUACCUGGAAAAGGCCCUGCUGGACUUGCGGACCCUGCUGCUGGCCCACCCCAAGUCCAAGCUGUGAGGCCCCGGGGGCUAGCCCCUAACCCCCAAUCCAGAUAUGUUGAGGGGGUUCACAGGGGGAGCGGUGGAGCAGCCAGGCGGCCCCAACCCCAGCUCCUCUCUCAAGUGGCCCCUCGCUGCACUCUGGAGGAAGGCAGGCAGUAGUCUCUUCCCUUUCUGCCAGUGAAGGAGAGUGCAGCAGCCUCCUAACUGCCCAGCCCUUUUUCUUGGAGAAGGGACCCCCGCCCCCAGCCUCCCCUCUACACAGGGCUACCUGUGGGACCCCCCAACCUCUCCCUCCCCCAGCCCUGCCUAGCUGGGUCUUCCCAUGUGGCCCCGGGGUCACAAGGGACUGUCCCACUAAAUAAGCUGGCUCGGGCAAGGACGGGUGUUCUCCCCUUUAAGUUUUCCCCUGCUGGGACUGUCCCUCCUUAUCCCCCACCAGCCUCUCUUCCCUUCUUGCACAAUAGCCCAGUCCAGCCUGUUGCUUCCCACCCCUACUUCUCCAAGCCCACGGCUUCCCCCUCCUGCCCCUGGGAUGGAGGUGGUUCAGACCCUGGAGAGCUGGUUGGGCUCCUGUUGCCCUCUGGUUCUGAUUACACCCCAGGUGCAUCUAACAUAGCCUGAUUUUUGCCCAGCUGAGGGUGGGGCCGGAGGAGGGGUCUUUCCUGGAUCUCCCUGUGGAAAGAAAUUCCCAGCCCUCCUCCUCUGAGGAGGGCUUCUCACCCUCUGCAGCCCCAAGUCGGGUGGGUGGCCUGGGCAUUGACCAGUCCCACUACCUAGAUACCCCUCUCUUUCCCGGACUCAAAGAGAUUCCGGGGUCAGAGACGAAGCCCGGAGACGACAGGGAAAGUGCCUUCACCAGCUGCUGUCAACCGGCUCUCCCCACCCAUCUGUUAGAGAGAGGUUUUCGGCUUCCCUCCCAGCCAGGAAGCUGCCAGGGCCUAACGAGACACUUUAACACUAGGCCUCUACCUCCAGGGCUGCCGGCUAACCUUCCCUGGCCAUUUCCCGGCCCCCUCCACCGCUACCUCUGGCAGCAAACCCGAGUCCCUGAGCCCCCCAAGGGCCGGAACAGAGUUUUUCUGGACCCUGGUUUACAGGGAGGACCUCUCCCCCGCUAUUUGGAAGGAUAAACAGUAUUCACUUUAUGAUCCAAUUGGGCUGAAAACUACCAUCCCACUAAGGGGCACCUAUAUCCGGUGGUGGGCCCGGGAGAAAAGACGCAGCCCCCCCACCGCCCCAGGAAGCCCCCUUGACCUUUAGCUGCAGUCUCACCUCCCGGGGACUCCGGAGGCUUUGCCGAGAGAAGUGCCGGCCCCCGGGGUCUCGUCUGAGGAGCAGCCCCCUCCCCACCCCGCCGAGAAGGAGCACGCAGAGGAGAUGAGCCGCCUCCCUCCCCUGCAUGAAUUUUUACCAUUCAUGUCGCGUGGUGGUUCAGAUGUUAUUUUUGAUAAUGUGAUCUGUGGCCUGGGUGCCUUGGGCUCUUGCUCAGUGAGAUUUCUUCAUGUUCGUGAUUGUAUAGUAAUAUUAAUUAAUAAAAGGGAAAUCGGCUGGA